UUAGCGCCACCCAGCCGGUCGCCGCAGCCUUUUACCGAGCACGGCCAAAUCCGGGUUUGAAAGACAUGCAACCGACAUCAUCAGGACUCAUCCUGACCUCGAAACACCCCUCACCUCCCCCUACAACUCCGCGGCCUGCCCGCGCCCGGCGACAGGAUGUUCUCCUCCUCGGUGCGGCGCGUCGUUGCUUCGGCCGUCUCCUCGACCCCUCAGACCGGCGCUUCGGCCAUCGCCUCCUCGGUGUCAAAGGCCGCUCCCAUCCUUGUCUACAAACACCAGCGAAGAUGCUCCUCCUCGAAACCCUCGCGAUCCGACAACGGCUCUAAAGAAAUCUCGGCCGAUCAGUCGGUUCCCGCCUCGUCGACCUCGACGCGGGGCGACGGCAAGGCGAGCGGCGAGAAGAGGAAACGCAAGAGCAAAGAUGCCUCUGACCGGGCGGCUUCUGUCAAAAAGUUGCCCAGCGUUCCCAACACGCACCACAUGUCUCAAGAAGCGCUUGGUCUAUCAAGUUUCUUCUCCCUACAUCGUCCCAUCUCGGUGACACAGACAAUGCCUCGAACAGUGUCAGACGAGCACUUUGCGUCCAUUUUCGCCUCCCGAACAAAGUCCAACCGAAUGUCCGACACUAUGAGCACCCUUUCCGACACCAUCGACCAGCUCGAGGGUCCCAUGGCCCAGAUGACCAUCGGCAACCAACAGGAAGGCCAAGGGAUGGGCGAGGCUAUGCACAAGGUCGAUAUCAAGAACGCCGACGGCAGCGAGUCCAGCAUGUACCUCCAGAUCGACACCAUGUCUGGCGAAUUCCUGCCUUUCCGACCCCCACCUCUGCCUCAACCCCAGGCUGCCGCCGAGGCGAAUAGCGCCGUGGCCGAGUCCGAGGCUGUGGAGGAUGUUCCCCAACACCGCGUCUACAAGGCCCUUUUCACUAUCGAGGAGUCCACCGACCCUGAUGGUCAGAUCCGAAUCAUGGCUCACAGCCCCCGAAUCAUGCAGGAUAACCAGCCCCGAAGCUUUUUGGAGCGACUGGCCCUCCGCCAGCUGAAGUUCGACGAGGCCCAGGGCGGUCGUCGCGAUAUGCACGCCAUCAGCGUCAAGAGACAACGAAAGUUGAAGAUGAAAAAGAAGAAGUACAAGAAGCUGAUGAAGCGGACACGAAACCUCCGACGCAAGCUGGAUAGAACUUAGAGCUAGUUCCGACUGUACAUAAUCCUCCCUGAUUCGACAUGCAGUUUCUCUUGGGCUCACACGCAUUCGGAUGGGAUUCUUUUUUGUCGUGGUGUCUGGCAUGACCGGUGAUGAUUUGUCAAUUCGAUUUGAGGCAUUGCGCUUCGAGGCUUUCUCUUCUAUAGACUCGCGCAGGUAACAAUCAUCGUUGCAAACGGGACUGAAUAGUUUCCAACUGGUGACUUUAAGUUCUCAGUAGCAUUCACCUUGUAUAACUAGUCGUCAAUUCAUUCUAUUUCUUCACAUAUUCCUAGCCUUCCCUCCCAGUCAUGAAUUGAUGUAAAUUGGGUAGGCAAUCCUGGGGCAACGGCUUUCUUCACAGGAUCGAACUGGUAAUGACAGUAUAAUUUCGGUGUAG